AUGUCUUUAAUAAAUGUCCACCCUCCUAAAACGUAUUUCGGUGCGGGAGACAUUCAAAAGUCAUUGGGUUCUCUUCCUGGAUUCCCAUGGGCAAAAUAUCUCGGAGAAAAACAUCUCCCAGGGCACAAUUAUACAGGUCCAGGCACGAGAUUAGAUCUGCGUUUAGACGAAAAUGAUAAUCCCAAACCAGGGGAAGAACCCGUUAAUAGAGUUGACGCAGCAGCGCUCAAACACGACAUACUGUACAGAAACAAAGACAUAACAUUCAGACACCAAGCAGACAAACAAAUGAUAGACGAACUCGAAAAUAUUCCCAAUCCCAUUUUCAAAGAGAAAUUACAAAGGGCUCUUAUCAUAAAACUCUUGAAGGCAAAAUUGAAAUUGGUGGAUAAAAUAAGUCAGUUGCAAAAUUUAAUAUCUAAAUUAGACGAUAAGAUUACGAAGGUAAAAAUAGACGUCCAACGUUUAAUAGAUAACCCAAAUGUAAACGAGGAUAGAUUGAAACGAAAACUAACCGCUUUGGAAAGAAAACUUGGCGAAUUGCUAGCAGAACUAGACAAGACUGCGGACAAAACCGAGUUACAAAAUUCAGUAUCCAAAUUGAACGAAAAGAUCGCGAAGCAAAAAUCAGAUGUUCAAGAUAUAAUUAACACACUUCCCAUUGACAAAGAUACGUUGAAACGACAAUUGACUACUUUGGAUACUAAAAUCACGGACGAAUUAGAAAAAGAAGUCAAUCUUUUGGUAUCUAGAAUUCAUGACGAUUUUUUGAGACAAGAGAAAAAGUUGACCAAAUUAGAAGCUAUUGUCACGGACAAAUCGUAUUAUUUCAAUCUUCCAUUUGAAAGUGACACUGUCUUCGAUAGAAAAGACCGAAGUUAUAAAUCAAACAAAUACGGAUUUAAAGCAGAAAUAAAACCGGGUGCUCUUAUAGACGGAGAACCUAAAAACGUAUUCGAUAUCGGCGAAACGCAAUGGUUUACUUUUCGAGGUAAUUGUCUGAUUCAAAUAGAGUUUCCCAUGAAGGUUAAAGUCAAUAAAGUAGUCUUCAAACAAACCGGUAAUGCCGUCAAACAUAUUUCAUUAUUCAAUGAUGGUAAUUUUGAAGAGAAUAUACGUUUGAUUGAUAAAAGGGAUCAGGAAAUUGAAACGAAAAAUGGUAAAUAUGUAGACCAUGUAAAAUGGAAGUAG